AUGGUUAUUACCUCUGUUCUCAUAUCGUUCUCUGUCCUUCUAUUUCUCUCUCUGAAGAUAUAUAUUCUCAGUAUUAAGAUUUAGGGUAGAUUUGGGCGUCUCCGGCUGAAGAAAGAUAGGUUUUGUGCAGUGUCGAGUUCGCCGCAUAAUUGCAAUAUAUCGUAUCCAGACAGAUUUUUUUGAUUUAGAAUGAUGGAUAUCGAGUCCGGAAGCUAUGGGAGGACAAACAGACCAGUUUUUGAUCGACUUGAAGGACAGCAGUCGCAGCACCUCUAUGUCAAGAAUCAAGUCUGUAAAUUCUGGCUUGCUGGAAAGUGCAACAGGAACCCGUGUAGGUUUCUUCACUCACAUUCACCAAACCCACAGCCACAACCUAAACAAAUCCCACAGCCACAACCUCAGCAAUCAGAUGACCCAAAUGCUAAUUUUGGGAACAAAAUUAAAUCAACUUGGAGGAACCCCAACAUCUCUGCCUCCAAGAAUGUGAAAGUUUCUUCUCCUAUGAAUGUGAAAGCUUCAUCCCCUGGAGUGCUGAACUCUGUUGUUAAUUGUGGUCAUUCGGGUCAGAGGGCUCAGCAAAAGCUAUGCCAGUAUUGGGUUACAGGAAAUUGUGUUCAUGGCGAUAAAUGCAAGGAUCUGCACUCAUGGUUUUCUGGCUCUGGGUUGGCCUUGUUGACGAAGUUGGAAAGGCACAAUAAGGCUGUUACUGGUGUUGCCCUUCCAUGUGGUUCUGACAAGCUCUUUUCUGGCAGCAAGGAUGAAUCUGUGUGCCUUUGGGAUUGCAACACUGGCCAGUGUGUUGGUAUUGUUAAACCUGGUGGGGAGAUUGGAUGCUUGAUCAGUGAAGGUCCAUGGGUGUUUGUGGGUCUGCACAAUGCUGUGAUGGCAUGGAAUAUCGAGACGCAGACUGAGCUUCUCCUUAGGGGACCAGUUGGCCUAGUUAAGGCCUUGGUUGUGGGUGAUGAUAUGCUCUUUGGUGGUGCACAGGAUGGUUCCAUAUUGGCUUGGAAGUUCAGUUCAGAGUCCAGUUGCCCAGAACUUGUGGCAACUCUAAAGGGCCACAAGCUCGCUGUUCUAUCCCUUGUUGUGGGAGCUGGUAGGCUCUACUCAGGGUCCAAGGAUGAAACAAUAAGAAUGUGGGACCUAAAAACCUUGCAGUGUCUGCAGACACUAAGUGGUCAUACUAAUUUUGUGACCUCUCUCAUUUGUUGGGACUGCUAUCUCUUAUCCGGAUCAUUGGAUAAUACAUUAAAGGUGUGGGCAGCAACUGAAAGUGGAGAUGUGCAAGUAGUUUAUGAAUUUAAGGAAGAAAGUGGUAUUCUUGCUCUUAGUGGAAUAGAAGAUUCACAGUCCAAGCACAUCCUGCUUGUUUCAUGCAAAGACAAUACCGUUCGCCUAUACGACCUGCCAUCAUUUUCUGAAAGAGGCAGAGUAUUUGCUAAGAGAGAAGUUGAGGCCAUUGCCGUAGGUUGUGGUGACCUGUUUUUCACUGGUGAUGCUACAGGACAGUUAUCUGUUUGGAAGCUGCUUGGAGGGUCAUCUGCAGAGGAGGCUAAAUCGUCGUGAAAGCCUCUCCUGGAACUGUAAUAGAGCUUUCACUUGUAGUUUUAGGAGGGGAUUUGAUAAGAACACUCUCUCUUUCGGAGAGAAUGAAUAUGUAAAAAACAUGGAGACAUCCAUUUAUCUAUCAAAUGUAAGAUAUUAUCUUUUCGAUUAAGUUGUC